CUUGAUGUUACCGUUCAUAUCACUCUGAACGACGGAGAAAGCGCUUGAUCCAAGAAGGUCUGUCAUCCAACACGUCAGAUUGCAACGCGAGAUUGUACAACUGCAAAAGGAUUAGAACUUACCAAACAUCUUUACAAGUCCUUCGGAGGCUUCAAGGAACUGCAUGGUGUCGGUACCCUUGGAGGUAUCGACAUCAGCGAAGGAGCGAGAGAGGGUGUCAAAGAAGGUCAUGAUGGUGUUAUAGCGAUGAAAGGUCCCCCAAAGCGGGUACGCAUUUUAUACGUCAAUGCGGAGAUUUAAACGAUACAGGCCAAACGUCCACGGGUUAGUAAAACGGCAGCUCUUUUACCUUUGAACACCCAUUUUCAACAUGCUUGAUCCUCCACCAGACAAUAAUUUUUGGUUGGCAUUGUCCGUUUCUAUUGUAACCAACCUCAUUCAGUCUUUUGCACUGGCUAUACAGCGGAAGUCGCACAUAUUGAACGAUACGAUAUAUCCCAUCGAACAUCGAAAAAACGCUUUCCGACGGCCACUAUGGGUUGCUGGAUUCAGUUCAUAUUUAAUUGCUAAUAUCAUAGGCUCCAUCUUCACUAUUGGAUAUCUCCCGAUCGUCAUAUUGGCUCCAAUCGGAGCUAUGGGCCUUGUCUUCAACGCUAUAUUUGCCAAGCUUGUCCUUGGAGACCCGUUUACUCGCAAGAGUGUAGUAGGCACUAUUCUUAUUGUCAUCGGUGCAAUUUUAGUUGGAGGGUUUGGCGUGGUUCGAGAGCCUAAUCACAGUCUAGAGGAUCUCAUUCAGUUGUACCAUCGGCCAGCCUUCAUAGCCUACUUCAGCAUCCUCGAAUUUUUCACCUUGAUCAUGCUCAUGGCUACUCAUUACAUAGAAUACCGGGUAAACAAAGUCGAGAGAGGAGUUCUACCAGAAUCCAAACUUAUCAAAAUGCAAGAUAUACCUGAGAUUAAGAUGAAACUCGGCGUAAGCUAUGGUAUGCUGAGUGGCAAUAUCAGCUCCCAAAGCCUAUUGUUUGCCAAAAGCGGUUUGGAGUUACUCAUAUUGACGCUCAUCCAUGGACAAAAUCAAUUCAAGUACUUCUUGACAUGGGUCUUAGUCGUGAUCAUGAUCGUCACCGCCUUGCUACAACUGUUUUAUCUCAACAAAGGACUUCGACUUUGCGACACGGUUAUAUUAAUACCCCUUUCAUUUUGCUCAUUUAAUGUAUCCUGUCUCUUCAAUGGUCUAGUCUACUACAACCAGUGGUCGCGACUCUUUUGGUGGCAAAUACUCUGUGUCAUGAUUGGCAUUGUCAUCCUUGUCAGUGGAGUCUUGAUUUUAUCCUGGCGAACAAACGAUCUUGAAGAACCAGAAAUAGUGAAUGAAACGGACAUUCCACCACCAGCCGAUCAGGUGGAUGAAGUCAGUAUGGGAGGCAUAUCAGGGGUUGCUGCUGCCGUUGCAUCCAGCUCGAGCCAUAGACCAGCAGCCAUGCCUACAGAGAAAACCCGCUUACUCCCAAAUAAACGGAGGUCGACCAUGGAGAGCAACGAGUUUUAUGGUAUAUAGAAAGUAGAUACAUAUACAUAGUUCAACCCACCCACCCAUUACAUAUAUUUUUUUUUGCUCUACUUUACUUUGGUCUUGGAAAAACAACUCG